GUCCCUUGGGCUGAAAAGUCCGGCUUUGUUUGGUUAGGAUUGACUUCCAUAGGGGAGCGAGCAGCCUUCACUCUCCGCCUUGACACUUGCCCAUUUCCCUCUUCCCCCUCUCUCUUUUUUUUCCUGGGAACUUCCCCCGGAUAUUUUAUCAGGAAUCCGGGCGAAGCGGCGGAAAGGUUUACGUUGUACUAAACCUGUCCCAGCAAACUUCCCAGGAAGAGUCUGCGCGCGCGCGUUGCGAACCGGGCGAAAUUCCCUCUCAACUUUUUGUUGUUGUUGCUCCUAGCUAGCCACUGACUGAACGCGGGGAAACGGAGGAGUCUUGCGCUUGAACUACCAGCUAACUUUAGGGGGGGGGCGUCUGAUUUGUGAAAGCUUUUGCCCCGUUUGCCGGACUCUUAUCUAAGGGUUGUGGCAGAAAGCAGCAGAGAAUGAACGUGCUUAGUAAACAUUCAGUCCUGGAAGUUUCAUUUGGUGGAAUCUACUGGGAAUGUUGCUGCCUGGAUUCGUGCGCGUAGCGGUGGAAUAAUACAGCUCAAAAGGGUCCUGGUUUCUGAGAUUACCCUGGUUUCUGAGGAGAUACUGGCUGUAGGAAGUGCAGACCUUGUACGCAGCAGGAGGAGCAGCAAGUGACUGUCAUUCUACACCACGUCUCAUCAGUUGCUCGGAAACCUGCAGUCCAGACUGGAACCAUGGACUCUGCCAGGGCCCCCCACAUGAAGGUCCGGAGCGAUGUCAGUGACUACCUCAACUACGAAAUCAUCAGCAGGCAUUACAACUACACCGGGAAGCUCAAUGAGAAUGCCGAAAGUGGGAUUAAAGCAACAUCAGUGGUCUUCAUCAUUAUCUGCUGUUUCAUCAUCCUCGAGAACAUCUUUGUUCUGCUGACUAUUUGGAAAACCAAGAAAUUCCACAGGCCAAUGUACUACUUUAUUGGUAACUUGGCGCUCUCAGAUUUGCUGGCAGGAGUGGCAUACAUCGCUAACAUCCUUCUGUCCGGCUCCACGACUUACACUCUCACCCCUGCCCAGUGGUUUCUUAGAGAAGGAAGCAUGUUUGUGGCUUUGUCUGCUUCGGUCUUCAGUCUGCUGGCUAUUGCGAUUGAGCGAUAUAUUACCAUGUUGAAGAUGAAGCUCCAUAAUGGAAGCAAUAGUUUCCGUUCCUUCCUGCUCAUCAGUGCCUGUUGGGUCAUCUCUGUGAUAUUAGGGGGUCUCCCUAUUAUGGGGUGGAACUGCAUUGGCUUCCUGGAGAACUGCUCCACCGUGUUGCCUCUUUAUCAUAAGCAUUAUAUCCUUUUUUGCACCAGUAUAUUUACUGGCCUCUUAUUGGCCAUUGUGAUCCUUUACUGUAAGAUCUUCAUCUUGGUAAGGACAAGGAGCCGCAGGCUGACUUUUCGGAAGAACGUGGCCAAAGCAAGCCGGAGCUCAGAGAAGUCACUGGCUCUGCUGAAGACGGUGAUUAUUGUUUUAAGUGUGUUCAUUGUCUGCUGGACUCCCUUGUUCAUUCUUCUGUUGCUGGACGUGAGAUGCAAAGUCAAGGCUUGUCCCAUCCUCUUCAAGGCUGAAUAUUUCUUAGUACUAGCAGUUCUGAAUUCAGCCACCAAUCCGAUCAUCUACACGCUUACCAACAAGGAGAUGAGGAGGGCCUUUUUCAAGAUUGUACGGUGCUGUACGUGUCCCACCACAGACUCUGGGGCCAAAGUCAAGAGACCCAUCAUUGGAGGGAUAGAAUUCAGCCGAAGCAAAUCUGACAAUUCCUCCCAUCCUCAGAAAGAUGAGGGGGAUCCUCCAGAAACGAUUGUGUCCUCCGGUAAUGUCACCUCAUCGUCUUAGGAGCUUUGGCAAAAUGGAGGCCUGAGCCCCUUGAAGGCUGACACGUGGGGGAUAGCUCUGCUUGCUUGUCUCCAGACGGAAGGAGGAAAGUGAGAACGAGUUAGUCUGAAGGGGAAAUGGAGUACUGAUUGGGGUCCAGCUGUUGGCAUAAGACACAUGGUGUCCUUUGAAAAUAUUUCCUCUCUGGGAGAAUGUUGUAUGUUGGUUUGCCCUGAGGCAACUGAGGGUUGUUAGGAAUAUUCAAACUCUAUACAUCUCUGAAAAGUGGACACUUGGAUAAGCGGUGCCUUUGAAUGGGAGUAUGAGUGGGGAAGGAGAGAAAUAUCUUCAAAUUGUUCCCCCCCCCCCAGGUAAAACUCCUGAACCCCUGAAACAAAGUUCUUGCUGUAUUGGAUUGACAGUCUUCUUCAAUUAACUCCCUUAUCAAGGGAAGCAAAUGUGCUAGUAUAUUCUGAGUAAUAGAAAGAGAACCGGGCUGGGAUUUUAUCUCAAGAGUUGUUCAGGUGCGUGUAUCCCUUUGGCACUUAAUCAUCAGUGGAAAGUCAAUGGGAAUUAGAUGCUGGAGACUGCUGUGGGUUACUCUGAGGAACAUAGCCCCCAUAGUCCUGGUUGUAGUUGAAUCCUCAAGGAAUUAGUGAGACUGUGACACGUGUGAAUUAGACUGGGGCUGUUUGAACUUAAUAGAUGUGUCAUUUGAACCUUUAAAAAAAAGCUGAUAAAUAUGCUGCUUUCAGUAACGAGUUGCAUUUUAAUAACUUUAACAGCAGCUUUAUAUACACAGUUUUAACCAUCAGCCGUGUCCCAUUUCUGCUCGUGGUAAUCAUAAGAAUUUUAAGAACGGCCCUGCUGGAGGCCUUAAUUUCCUUCCAGGCAACUUUGUUGUAUGACCUCCCAUAUCUUAGUGUAGGAUACAUAUUUUUCCUUAUUCCUCCUCCUGCCCCCCAUUGAUCAAACAACUGAACCUGGGGUGCUUGCAAGCAGGAGAUGGAGCCAUACCCUUCUACUACUUGUUGGUCUGCAACUAAUAUUUGGAGAAAGGCUGUUCUACCUAUAGCUUUUCAAAAUUAAUAGCUCUUGAUAGACUGAUUCUCCAUGAAUUUAUUCAUUCCUUUUAAAAAACUACUUGAGUUAAUGGCCAUUGCCCUGGCUUAUAAUGAAUUCUACGAGGUUAAUUAUGUGCUGUGUGACAAAAUACUUUCUUUUGUUUUUCUUCUCCUUCCAAUCAACUUCUUAGGAUGAUUUUUCUGAAUCCCAACGUUUUUGAGAAGGAUACACAUUUUCCCUGUUUUCUUUCUACACAGCAUACGAAAUUUCCUAUUUUCUUUUGCUAUGUAAAUUGUUCAUUUGUGGUGGUGAAGUGGUUAGAAUGUAGUAUUGCAGGUUAACUCUGCCCACUGCCAGGAGUUUGAUCCUGACUGGCUCAAGGUUGACUCAGUCUUUCAUCCUUCUGAGGUCAGUGAAAUGAGGACCCAGAAUGUUGGGUGCAAUAUGCUGACAUUGUAAACAGCUUAGAGAGUGCUGUAAAGCACUAUGAAGUGGUAUAUAAAUCUAAGUGAUAUUGCUACUCAUUUCUCAUAAUCAUCUUCUAAGGAAGAUAUUGAAAGUCAGUCUCUUUUGUUGCCCUCUCCUACAAUUUUUCCAGUUGUGUUACACCUUUUUUGAAAUGUAGCCAGAAACGUGCACUGCAUUAUAAAUAUGGAUGAACCCUUUGUGUAAGGGCACUACAAUUUGAUAGUUUUAUUUUAAUCCCUAGCAUGGACUAUUUCUUUCUCAUAUUGCCACACAUUUGGUUAACAACUUUAUUAGUUGUCCGCUGUGAACAUACAUUUUUUUCCUAGUUAGUUGGACAUAUGAAUAUAUACAUGAUUAAGGGGAGGAUUACCUCAAUGUGCAACAUUUUAUGUAUUGAAUUCUGAGAUAUAGUUUAGGCUGAAAGAUGAAUCACAAAUAUUAAGACUUCUAAGAAUGAACAAAGAAAUAAGACUGGGCCAUUCUGCAACUUCAGCAAAUGUCCACACUUAAAGUCAUUAUGUGUCCUUUCAUUUUAAAUGGUGUCCAGUGACUGCAAAUCCAUGUCCAUCCAUGGAAAGUAUUAUUUGUAUUAAAUGAAUGUAUUUUAUUACAGCAUUAAUUGCUAUUUUGUGUUUGUGUAUGUAUGUGUAUAUUUUAAUUUGAGUCAAUAUAAAAUGUAGAGAUGCUAAUAAGCAUAGAUGCUAUUUUAUAUCUGGACUGGUUGUCUUCAAUUUUAUGAGAAAUUCAUGCUUCAUCCUAACCUGAAGGGAAGUUCCCCAUAUUAAUUACUUGGGACAUACAUCUGUCUUUUCCACUUAAGAUCAAUCAGUUGCAAAGGAGGAUAUUGUGGGUUUCUGUACUUAUAAUAGUUGUGUGAAAGAAAGAAUUUCUGAAGGUGCUACUUACGGUGAAAUCAAUGAGUGAGUGUCUCUGUGUAUGUGUGAGGGAUGAACCUCCUAAAAUCAUCAGAGUUCAAUGGCAGAGGCCCUGUUUAUAUCUGGGAAGACCCAAAGAUUAAUUUUUUUAAAAAAGAAAAGAAAAUGGCAGCAGUAUCUCCACUGUUGUGGCUGUUAAUCCAUCAAUAUUGCAUUAUUGAGCUUAGAAACAAGAUUAUUGGCCCUUUUAGCAUUAUUUUCAGUGCAAUUUUUUUUUAAAAAAAUGUAAAAUGUUUCUGAUUUGGUUGUACAGUAUAGCUUCAUUGACCUUUAAGUAUUAAUAAACUGGAUUUUGUAUAAACUGUA